UAGUCUUGAUUUUAUUGCUAAAAGGUUGGAAUUUUUUCAAUAGGAGAUUUUCUUUUUCCUUUUUUUUUUUGGUGAUUUUUGACCCGAAAUAUACGGCAUGUUUAGGUUAGUCCAAAGCUUUCCUUAUUAGCAAAUCAAAAUUUCCGGGAAAAAAUUAUUUUCCCUAUUUUGCUUAUUUGAUUCUUCUUUUCCUAUAUAUAUACACCUAAGUCCCUUAUCUUCAAUGUUAACUUUUCUUUCUAAAUCCAGGUUAGUCUACAAUUUUUUUUUUCUGUUUCAAUAAUAACUUGAAGUAAUUUUCUUCUGGAGUUUCUUUUAAUUUUUCGUUUUAUCCUAUUGUAUACCUUUUGUAGUUGCAUUGAUGCCAGAAAACUAUUAUCCGGACUUCUUGCUGAUUUUAAAUAGUAUUCAUUGCUAAUUGCUUGUUCUUGUUUUUUUUUUUUUUUUUUCAUGGGUUUUAUUCUUUUCAGAUUGUUUACUGAUCAAUUGGAUCGAAGCAUGUGCGGCAGUCUAGAACAGUUAAGUACUAAGGCUACUAUUCCAUCCUCGUCUGAGGAAACGGAAACAAUGGAUUGUCUGACUGGAGUGGUAGGUAGUGAAUAUUCGUUCUCUGUUUUGCUUGAGUUUGCUGCUGAUAAUGAUGUUGAGGGUUUUCGGAGAUCUUUGACUACAUGUGAUGUUUCUUUGGUUGGUGAGGUUGGACUUUGGUAUGGUCGCCAGAAGUGUUCGAAACAUAUAGUCGUGGAGCAUAGAACUCCAUUAAUGAUUGCUGCUAAAUAUGGUAGUGUUGAAUUUGUGAAGUUAAUUCUUUCUCUAUCAGAGGUAGAUGUGAAUCUUUUCUGUGGCCCAGAUAAGAGUACUGCUCUUCACUGUGCUGCUUCUGGUGGAUCUGUUAGAGCUGUGGAGGUUGUUAGGUUGCUUUUACAUGCUGGUGCUGAUCCUUGUGUCAUUGAUGCCAAUGGACAUCGCCCCUUUGAUGUUAUUGCUGCUCCUUGGAAUAUGCCCCAGAUAAAAGUAGCCCUUGAAGAACUCUUAAAUAGUGACGGUCCUGUUUGUCUUGAGGAUGUGCAGGAGUCAGCUGUUAAUUUCAGAUCUGGUUCAUCAUCAUCCCUUUCAUCUUCUCUGGAUAGUGGUUUCUCAUCUCUCGUAUCAGAUGCAAAUAUAUCUGUAGUCACAUGUAAGCCCACUGAUAAUACUGUUUCUUCUGCUCCAGAGAGGAAGGAAUAUCCAGUUGAUCCAUCUAUUCCUGAUAUUAAAAGCAGCAUUUACGGCACUGAUGAGUUCCGCAUGUUCUCAUUUAAGAUCCGGCCUUGUUCCCGGGCUUAUUCCCAUGAUUGGACAGAGUGUCCUUUUGUUCAUCCGGGUGAAAAUGCUCGAAGAAGAGACCCAAGAAAGUUUCAUUACUGUGGUGUGCCAUGCCCUGAUUUUCGUAAAGGGACCUGUAAGCGUGGAGAUUUAUGUGAAUAUGCUCAUGGUGUUUUUGAAUCCUGGCUGCACCCUGCCCAGUACAGAACCCGACUCUGCAAGGAUGGCACAACUUGCAAUCGUCGUGUAUGCUUCUUUGCCCAUAGACCUGAGGAAUUGCGACCACUUUACGUGUCCUCUGGAUCUGGCAUUCAGUCUCCUCAAUCCACUGCCUCUUCUGUCAGUACAAUGGAUAAGACUGCGGUCAUGAACUUUUUGCCAGGUUCUCCCUCAUUGUUGUCUGCAGUGUCAAUGUCUCCAUUUUCUCCAACCAUUUCGCCUUCUGCUAGUGUUAUUACUCAAGCUCCGAUAGGUUGGCCUCAACAACACAUUCCAACUUUGCAUCUGCCUGGCAGUAAUAUUCAAGCAAGCCGUUUGAGGUCUUCCCUCAAUGCAGGAGACAUGCCAACCAUGGAGCUUAAUAUGUCACAGGAUUUUGAAAUGUAUCAGCCACAGCAUCUACUUGAUGGGAUUUUCUCUAAUGGGGUCUCUUCUCCUCGAUGUCUUGAUCAAGUGACUGCUAUGCCUAUAUUAUCUUCUGCACAUAAAUCUGUGCUUCUGAAUCAGCUACACCAACAACAAAGGGUGUUAUCUCCAAUGAAGACAAACAUCUUCUCUCCAAAGAAUGAUCACCUUCUCUUCCAGUCUGCAUUUGAUGCUUCCUUGUCAGAAAGAACUUUACCUUGGAAUGUGGAGCCUUUGUCCCCAUUGAACUCCCAAUUAUCUGCUUUUGCAGAUAUUGAGAAGCAGCAUCAAUCAUUUCGCAGCUUAAGCUCACGGGAACUUGGAUAUAAGCUCUCAGAUGAUCUUGAACCAAAAGAUGUUGUUGGUUCCCCUGUAAAUUCCUGGUCAAAAAGGGAGACUCCCAAUGAUAAAUUAGAUUGGCCAGUACAAGAAGAUGAACUAGGUCAGUUUCGUAACUCAUGUUCUACUAGGCCUCAUGGUGUGGAGCCUGCAGUUUCAUGGGCUCAAUCACUGGUGAAGCAAUCUCCAUCUGUUCAGACCACAGCUGCAGCUGCAAGCAUGACGGUUUCUGUUGAGGGUUCUAAUUCUAACUCCUCUAGUGAACUCAGUGAUAAUGCAAUUUUUCUAGCAUGGCAUGAACAGUUGCAGAUUGAUAAGAUUAUGGCUUAGCGAAAUCAUUAUCGUUUUUGGCAAGCUGGAUUAUUAAAACUGAAUUGUUUAUUAUUUGGUUGGCUGGUGAUGUGGGAAUUAACAAGAAAGAGGAAGACAAUGUACAGAGAAAGGAGUAGAUAUUGGUCCCAAAUUUAUAUAUUGUCAUUAUAGAACAAGUCAAGAAGGCGGUGAGAAUAUCUGUCUUGAGUUUCUUGCAAAUGACCAGCCCGAGUCAGGCAAUUUUCUCUCCUAAAUUUUCUUAUAACUUCUUUU